UUCUCUUUGUUUCCUUUUUGGCUAAAAAUGUCUGAAGAGUUAGAGUGGGUUGACCUUGCUCGUUUGGUCGACGAGGCCGAAGACUUUAUACUCCGGCGAGAAGCUAGCUGGUCUUUAGAUUCAUUUACAAAGAAUGUCAUGGAAGAUGUGAUAAUGGAGCUGAGGUUUCUGUCUAUAUUUUUCGGUUACUUUGGCCUAUGGAGUCUUGCACCAUCAGCAGCACCACCAUCUUCACGUCCAUCAUCGCCAAUGUCACACCUUGAUGGUGACGAGAUGGAUUCCCUGUUGAUCGAAGUUUCAGCAAUAGGAGAAGAAUUAGAUAGAUUUUUUCAGCAUCCUUUGUUUGACAGAUUCAGUGAGGAUCCUCAGCAGAAGUUGAUUGCUAAGUUGGUCAACUUGGGAAGAAGUGUUAGGCAUCCCUUUCGAUCUAAGAGGUCCAAAUUGCUUCGGGUUCUCAUCCCUUUGAGAGAUUCCAUUGCUUCUGUGCAGUCACGGGCGAGGUAUGUUUACCAGGGAUUCUCUUUGUCCCGCUUAUCGUUCCACCUUCAGCCUAACUGGUCUGAAACAGAAGUUGAUUAUGACUGGAAGCUUUUCCGUUUCUUGCUGGAGAAAAAUCUGACAUGUUUCAAGUAUCAAAGCUCUGAAAUCGAUUCCCUGUUUAAAACCUUGAGGCGGAUUCUGGAUUCACUGGAUUGGCUUCUCACUACAAGUAGGAGUAAUAGUGGUAAUACUAACAAUUAUCCACGUUGGCCGCCUUGGAAGGAGAAUGUGAUGGCUCAUCAGUUCAUAGGUAUGCUUCUUCAUGUUGCUCAUUGUUAUUGCCUUUGCUGUUUGAGUCCAUCAGAUGGAUUAUGUUAACAGAUAUGUGUGAGCGCAUAGGGAAUCUGCACCAUGAAAUGGAUCCUCCAACUCCAGAGUUCCUAGACAUUAUUUUGGGAUCCUUUGGACUGUAUGAUGAUCAGGAAAGAUUUGUUUUCUCUUUUGUGGAUUAUAUAUGUGGUGUCCAAGAUGAUUUUGAACUUCUUCGCAAUGAAUUCAUGUCCCUUUUUAU